GCCGCCCGACGACGCCGCGAGGCACAGACGCGCCUCAUGCGGGAGGGGCUGGACGUGUGGCGGUGCCGACAGCAGCAGCUCCUCGCCAAGAAGGCCCACGAGCAGAAGCAGCUCCGAGAGAUGUUGCUGACGUACAGCCCAUGGGGGCGGCCCGGCGGCGGCGCGCCCAACCCUGACACGAUCCGCAAGCGGAAGGCCCUGCAGCUGGAGACGCUGUACGGCACGUCGCCGCCGCUGCCGUCGCAGCCCCGCCACGCCGUCAACGGCAGCGAGACGCGCCGGCUGCGCUGCGACCCCCAGCUGCUGUUCCAGUUCCAGGAGGCGGACAGGCGCGCCGUCGACAACCUGCUGCGCUACCGCACCGACCCGCGCCAGCAGGAGCAGUACCGCCGCGACCUGGACCGCAUGGUGCAGGAGAAGCGACUCCGGCAGCAGCAACAGCAGCAGCGGCAGCAGCAACAGCACCAGAAGUCCCUGCACCACCAGCACCAGCACGACCGGGGCGCCGCGCAGCAGCAGGACGGCCAGGACAGCCAGGACGGCCACCGCCACCAGGAGCGCGACGACACGGACGCACACCAAGGCCACGUGCGCCGUCGGCGCAGCGCGGGCGCCCCGUCGGCGGACACGGCGCCGAAGAGCACGAGGUCAUCAUAUGUUUCUAAUAGUUGA